CCCCGAGCGCCGGGCCUCCCCGCGCAUUGGCCGAACGGCCAGGAGGGCGGGCCCGCGGCCGCGCACUUCCGGCCGGUGUCCAGCCCGGCGCGCACCUCCCCUUCCGCCGCCGCCCCCGCGAGCCCGGCCCCGGCCCCGGCCCCAGCCCCAGCCUCGGCCCCGGCCGCCCCGGCAUCGCUUCGGAGCGCGGGGGCAGCUGACUGCGCGUUCACGACUCUCUGGGACCCGCGACCCGCCGCCGUUAUGAACAUCCGCAAUGCGAGGCCAGAGGACCUGAUGAACAUGCAGCACUGCAACCUCCUCUGCCUGCCUGAGAACUACCAGAUGAAAUACUACUUCUACCAUGGCCUCUCCUGGCCCCAGCUCUCCUACAUUGCUGAGGAUGAGAAUGGGAAGAUUGUGGGGUACGUCCUGGCCAAAAUGGAAGAGGACCCAGAUGAUGUGCCCCACGGACAUAUCACCUCACUGGCUGUGAAGCGUUCCCACCGGCGCCUCGGCCUGGCUCAGAAGCUGAUGGACCAGGCGUCCCGAGCCAUGAUAGAGAACUUCAAUGCCAAAUACGUCUCCUUGCAUGUCAGGAAGAGGUGGAAGUCGGACAGAGGGGAGGGAGAAUUGGUGGAGGGGAGGGGGAGGAAGAGCUACUGUCUUGGCAGGGGUCCUGGGGUACCUGGGCUUUUGGAGACGAUCUGGGAAGAGGGGACCAGGAGGAGGGGCAGGACCUGGACAUGCUGUCCCUGCCCGGCCAAGUCUGUGCAGCUCAGCAGUGCCUUAUUCUCCUGCAGUAACCGGGCCGCCCUGCACCUCUAUUCCAACACCCUCAACUUUCAGAUCAGCGAAGUGGAGCCCAAAUACUAUGCAGACGGGGAAGAUGCGUAUGCCAUGAAGCGGGAUCUCACCCAGAUGGCUGAUGAGCUGAGGCGGCACCUGGAGCUGAAGGAGAAGGGCAGGCACGUGGUGCUGGGUGCCAUCGAGAACAAGGUGGACAGCAAAGGCAAUGCACUUCCGAGCUCUGGAGAGGCCUGUCGUGAGGAGAAGGGCCUGGCUGCUGAGGAUAGUGGUGGGGACAGCAAGGACCUCAGCGAGGUCAGCGAGACCACAGAGAGCACAGACGUCAAGGACAGCUCGGAAGCCUCUGACUCAGCCUCCUAGAGCCUACUGCAUCCCAUCCUCACCCCAUGAGCUUUCACAAUAAAUUUCACCCCGUGGCCCUGGG